UACGCGCACCAUGUUCCGCCUCCAGCAAGCCUCCAUCAGUCCGGUGGCGUGCUGCAAGCUCUUCCAGCAUGCGGCGGCGCACGGUGACGCGGUCGUGCAGGGGGCUCUGAUUGGACGCAUCCGCGACCAGGGCGCCGGCUCUGGCAGCGGCACCCCGGCUGGGGUCCUUUCACCUGGCCCGCUGGCGCCCGUGUUCAUCGACAUCAUCGACGCCAUUCCCCUCAGCCACACGUCUCCCGGGACAAGCCCAACGCUGGAGUUUGGCCUAUCGCUGGCUGCCAACUUCGCCGCCUCGCAGGGCAUGCAGCUAGUCGGGACGUACUACUUCGGGGCAUCUCUCUGGCCACUGGUCCGGGCUGACGCCUCGGCCGAGGGGGACUCUCUCCCGGAGCCGCCGCAGCCCCGCGAUUCGGCGUCUCGCCGGCUGCCAGCCGAUACGCCCCCUUGCCCCGGCGAGCCGGGUCUCCAAUUCGCCCAAGCUGUCAAUGACUCUGCCGCCCAGGGGCGUCCCUUCGUCCUGGUUACUUCCAACAACCUCAUGCUCAGGACGGCGCCGGAGAAGUUCCUCGAGUUCCGGCCCACCUGCACGACGGCCCUCUCCAGCGGCUUUGUCCUGUCGACCCCCUCACGCGACCUGCCGUCACUGCUCCGACGCAUGGUGACCCCGGCCCCCGCGGCUCCGGGGGCGGACCACGCGGGGCUCCUCUUCCACCGGGGCGCCAGUCUUGCCCUGCAACAGCAACAACAGCAGCAGCAACAGCAAUCGUCGUCGUCGUCGUCGUCGUCGUCGUCGCAGCAGCAGCAGCCGCAGCACGUGGCCGGCCAGGCCGGAUCCUCGGGCACCGGGGCCCCUGGCUUGGAGGCCUUUGGCCCCGGGUCUCCGCGAGCCUCUCUUUUGAGUCCGGCGCUGGGCGGUGCUGCGGGACCUGGUCCUCUGUCGCCCACGGCUGGCGCCGGUGCCGGGGCCGGGGCCCCGGCCGACCUCCUGCAUCCACAUCUGUGUGCGCUGCUGCGGGAUUUCGACCAGUCGUUGGACGACCCGCGAGCUGACUGGACCAACCCCCAUGUUGCGCUGCUGUUGGCCCAGCUGCAGAUCUAGCCCCUCUCGAAAUGCAUGUUGAUUUCCGUC